AUGAUUCCACGGCUGGCCUACCGAUCGGCCUGCAGACACCCAGUAUACACCUUUGCAAAGACCCAGACGCGCCCGUCAUGGCAUCCGCAGCGGCCAGUCCUGGGCUACGGCCAACCCCUCCAAACCUCUGCCGCUCGCCGUGAGCAGGCCUCUACCUCCACUCCGACGCCGACGCCGGCCACACCCACGAAACCCUCUCCCGAUGCGAAAAUCGCUGCGAGCAAGCAAGCGCCGAAGCCCGCGACCGUCAAGAAUGAUCCUCUCGCGCUACCCGACAAGUCGACGACGGAGCAGCGCAGGGCCGACUGGGCCAUCAUGAAGGAGAUGACCCGGUACCUGUGGCCCAAGGACGACCUGGGCACCAAGUUCCGCGUCGGCCUCGCCGUGACCCUGCUCAUCGGCGGGAAGCUGCUCAAUGUGCAGGUGCCCUUCUACUUCAAGAGCAUCGUGGACUCGAUGAACAUUGACGUCGCGGCCAUGGGGGGUACCGUGAGCGCCGUGGCGGGGAGCAUGAUCCUCGCCUACGGCGCCUCCAGGAUCGGCGCGACCAUCUUCCAGGAGCUGCGCAAUGCCGUCUUCGCGAGCGUUGCGCAGAAGGCCAUACGCAGCGUCGCGCGCAACGUGUUUGAGCAUCUGCUGCGCCUAGACCUCAACUUCCACCUCACCAAGCAGACCGGAGGGUUGACGAGGGCUCUGGACCGUGGUACGAAGGGCAUCAGCUUCCUGCUGACGAGCAUGGUGUUCCACCUCUUGCCCACGGCUCUGGAGAUCAGCAUGGUGUGCGGCAUCCUGACCUGGCAGUACGGCUUCAAGUUCGCGGCAAUCACAGUCUUGACAAUGGCGGGCUACUCCGCAUUCACCAUCUGGACGACGGCAUGGAGGACCAAGUUCCGGCGCCAGGCCAACGCUGCUGACAACAAGGGGUCGACGCUGGCCGUGGACUCGCUCAUCAACUACGAGGCCGUCAAGUACUUCAACAACGAGAAGUUUGAGGUUAUGCGAUACGACAACGCCCUGAAGCAGUACCAGCAGAACUCGAUAAAGGUCGCCACUUCUCUUGCGUUUCUGAACAGUGGCCAGAAUAUCAUCUUCUCGUCGGCUCUGACGGGGAUGAUGUAUCUGGCCGCCACCGGCGUGGCCUCGGGUUCCUUGACUGUUGGCGACUUGGUGAUGGUGAACCAGCUAGUGUUCCAGCUCUCUGUGCCCCUCAAUUUCCUCGGAUCCGUCUAUCGCGAGCUGCGCCAGAGUCUGUUAGACAUGGAGACACUCUUCAACUUGCAAAAGGUCAACGUCACUAUCAAGGACAAGCCAGAUGCCAAGCCUCUCGUGCUCAGCAAGGGCGGCGAGAUCAAGUUUGAAAACGUCAAGUUUGCCUACCAUCCUGAUCGCCAAAUCCUGAGAGAUCUCACACUCACUAUCCCAGCCGGUAAGAAGGUCGCCAUCGUGGGCCCAAGUGGUUGUGGAAAAUCGACGUUACUGCGCCUCCUAUUCCGGUCUUACGACGUGCAGGGCGGCCGGAUCCUGAUCGAUGAUCAGGAUAUCCGGGAUGUCCAGGUCGACUCGCUCCGAAAGUCCAUCGGCGUCGUGCCUCAGGAUACACCCCUCUUCAACGACACGGUCGAGCACAACAUCCGCUACGGCCAGAUCACUGCCUCGCUCGACGAGGUCAAAGCCGCCGCCCACCGAGCCCGCAUCCAUGACACCAUCGAGAAGUUCCCCGAUGGGUACGGCACAAAGGUCGGCGAGCGCGGCAUGAUGAUCUCCGGCGGCGAGAAGCAGCGACUGGCCGUGAGCAGACUGCUUCUUAAGGAUCCUCCCCUACUAUUCUUCGACGAGGCCACGAGCGCGCUCGACACGCACACUGAACAGGCGCUCAUGAACAACAUCAACGGCAUUUUGCGCGAGAAGAGCCGGACGAGCCUCUUUGUGGCGCACAGGUUAAGGACAAUCUUUGACUCGGACCUGAUCAUCGUCCUCAAGGAUGGAAAGGUGGCCGAGACGGGUACUCACCGUGAGCUGAUCGACCACGAUGGCGUAUAUUCAGAACUCUGGAGCGCUCAAGAGACGCUCUUCAACGAGGACGGUUCGGAGCGGGAGACGACUGGGCAGGAUACUUCUGAGUCGUUAAAGGAACACAAAACCAGUAACUAA